AUGAACGCCUCCAAGUUUUCUCCGUCGCUUCCCGAGGUCGAAGCCCAGCUGUCUGGCGCUGCGGCCGCCGGCAACACGAUCCCAGUCUUUGCCAGCCUGCCAUCGGACCUCCUCACGCCCGUCACCGCCUACCUCAAGCUCUCGAACGGCGCCGACUCGGCGAAGCGCAGCUUCCUCUUUGAGAGCGUGACGGGCGGAGAGAAGAUCGCGCGCUACAGCUUCAUCGGCGCAGAUCCCUUCAAGAUCCUCCGCUCAGGGCCCGGCCUCGACGUCGAGGGCGAUCCGCUGGUCGGCAUCGAAAACGAGCUGGCAAAGUACAAGUACAUCCCCGUCGCCGGCCUUCCCAGCUUCACUGGCGGCGCCAUCGGCUACAUCAGCUACGACUGCGUCCAGUACUUUGAGCCGCGCACCAAGCGCGACCUCAAGGACGUCCUCGGGAUCCCAGAGAGCGUCUUUAUGUUCUGCGACACCAUCGUCAUCUUCGACCACAUCUACAACACCAUCCACUGCGUCUCGCACCUCCACCUGCCACCGGCCCCCACCUCGGGCGGCUCGAACCGCUCUACCGAGAUCGCGUCGCUCUACGACGCCGCUUGCGCAAAGAUCAAGGCGCUCAUCGCCACGCUCUCGACCGAACAGACGCUCCAGCCGGUGCAGCCGCCCAUCCUGCCCGGCCAGGAGGCCGUCUCCAACGUCGGCAAGGUCGGGUACGAGGGCUUCGUCACCAGCCUGCGGCAGAACAUUGUCAAGGGCGACAUCAUCCAGGCGGUCCCCUCGCAGCGGCUCAAGAGGCGCACCACGCUCCAUCCUUUCAACUGCUACCGGCACCUCCGGCAGGUCAACCCGUCGCCAUACAUGUUCUACGUCGACUGCGGAGACUGCCAGCUCGUCGGCGCCAGCCCCGAGACGUUGUGCAAGAUCGAAAAGGGCAAGGUGGCCGUCCACGCCAUCGCCGGCACCGUCAAGCGGGGCAAGUCGGACGAAGAGGACGAGGAGCUCGCGGCGCAGCUGACGGGAUCCAUCAAGGACCAGGCGGAGCACGUGAUGCUCGUCGACCUGGCCCGCAACGACAUCAACCGCGUCUGCGACCCGCUGACGACGACCGUAGAGUCGUUUAUGAAGGUCGAGAAGUUCUCGCACGUCAUGCACCUCACCUCGCGCAUCACCGGGCUGCUGCGGCCCAACAAGUCGCGCUUCGAUGCGCUGCGGUCCAUCUUCCCCGCCGGCACCGUCAGCGGUGCGCCAAAGAUUCGCGCCAUUGAGCUCGUCAGCGAGCUCGAAAAGGAGAAGCGCGGCGUCUACGCCGGCGCAGUGGGACGCAUCGACUUUGCCGACAAGGAGAUGGACGUCUGCAUCGCCAUCCGCACCAUGACCUUCAAGGACGGCAACGCCUACCUCCAGGCCGGAGGUGGAAUCGUCUACGACUCGAUCGAAGAGGACGAGUACAUCGAGACGAUCAACAAGCUCGGCGCCAACAUGCGCUGCAUCGCCCAGGCAGAAGAGUACUACCUCUCAAGAGAGCAGGCGUGA